UAUCAGGUCUACGUGGGAAUAAGGGUUGAUUUUGGUUUUUCAAACCUCCGUAAAACAACCCACCGCAAAGGUGCUUUAGAAUCAACUCUUGGAAAAAAUGGCGUCUUCUUCUCCAUCAUCAUCAUCGGCUGUUAAAAGACUAUCAAAUCUCAGCAACCAUCUUUCCCCAACUAACUCAAACCCUUUAGUCAAAGUAUCUGCUCAAGUGUCCCGGGCUCUGUCCACUGGUCUCCCGGUUGUUGCUCUCGAGUCCACCAUCAUUUCCCAUGGAAUGCCGUAUCCGCAGAAUUUGGAAACAGCCAAGGAGGUGGAGGCGAUUGUGAGGGACAAUGGAGCUAUUCCUGCUACCAUCGCCAUUCUUGAUGGCGUACCAUGCAUAGGUUUGAAUUUGGAACAACUGGAAAGGCUUGCCCGAAUGGGAAAAAGUGCUCAAAAGACAGCUCGAAGGGACAUUGCAUAUGUUGUGGCCACCAAGAGGAAUGGUGCAACAACUGUUUCUGCAACUAUGUUUUUCGCUGCCAUGGUUGGUAUACCUGUUUUUGUUACUGGGGGAAUUGGGGGAGUGCAUAGGCAUGGCGAGCAUACAAUGGAUAUAUCCUCUGACCUCACGGAGCUUGGAAGGACACCAGUAGCAGUCGUUUCUGCUGGUGUAAAAUCUAUAUUAGAUAUUCCGAGGACACUGGAAUAUUUGGAAACUCAGGGAGUUUGUGUUGCUGCUUACAAGACCAAUGAGUUUCCAGCUUUUUUUACUGAAACAAGUGGCUGCAAGGUGCCUUGUCGGUUAGAUAGCCCAGAAGAAUGUGCCCAGUUAAUUGAUGCAAACAGGAAGCUUAAUCUCGGAAAUGGAGUACUGAUUGCGGUUCCCAUCGCAAAAGAAUACUCAGCUUCUGGAAGCUUAAUAGAGUCUGCAAUACAACAAGCUCUUACAGAAGCCAGGGAAAAGAACAUAACAGGGAAUGCUGAGACUCCAUUCUUGCUCGCUAGGGUUAAUGAAAUAACUGGAGGAGCAUCACUUGCUUCAAACAUUGCGCUUGUGAAAAACAAUGCUGCUAUCGGUGCUAAGAUAUCUGUAGCCCUGGCCCAGCUCCUCAAAUAACUUUGCAUAAAGGGAUGGGUUAGCUGAACUGUUUUCUGCGGAUCAUGUUAUUACUUUAGUAUUUGCAAUGAUGGAUAGGAUACUAAUCCUUGGAUGUUCAUGCUUUAUAAUGGGUGAAGUUCUUUUGGUGGCGACUUAGUCAUGAAUCUGAUUUCCACAUUCAAUGCUAAUAUUGUAUUAUAGUAAAAACAUUCAAUAUAUCAUAUAAGUAGUUGAAACCUUUAUCAGCUCCCUCAAUGACGAUACCAGAAGUUCUUUGGUUGUGAUUGAAAGUUUAGUAUGAAUAUAGAAGAUAAAUACUAGUUGUUCAA